AUGGGAAAGCGCGGUGCAGCUCCCGCAGGUCCAGCAUGGAAGAAACAGCGUGGUGCGACCGUGCGGAGCAAGAUAAACACCGUCAUAGCGGCGCUGCGCGACACCAAUCUGGAAAGCGAGGCAACAGAGAUCUCGCGAAAGAUGCUUGCAGAGGGUGCAGUCGCUGCGCUCUCGCAAAUGGUGGAAGACAGGCAUCCCAUGCAGACAAGGGUUGGCGACUUCAUCAAAGAGACGCUGGAAGACAUCGCAGCACGGCUUCAGGGGAAGGUCGAUGAUGCGAAGAAGUCCGUGAGCACCAUGGAGUCGGAGCUCGAAGUCCAGAAGGCACAGCUGCAGGCCGCCACGGACGAACUUGCUGAGGCCAAAGAGAAGGUGACGAAGAAGGCUGAGCAAACGACAGCAGCCAAGAAAGCCCUCGGGGAAUGCGAGCAGGCUGAUGCCAUGAUCGCAAGGGAUCAGGCUGGCACCAACAGGCGGCAAGGCCAGCUGACCAAGGAGCAGUCGAAGUUCACGGACAUCAGGGACAAUCUCCUCCAGGUGCUGAUAGAUGAUGGCAUCAAUGCAAACGGAAGUGCCAAAGAGUCGAAGAAGGCUUGCGACAAGCUCCUGAAGCAGAUUACGAACCUCGGUGCCGAAUCUGCUCUGCUGGCGGCGGCUCCUGCGGUGCUGCUCAAGAAGCCCGAGGAGAGAGCUCGC